AUGACCGAUGCCAUUGCCGUUGCCACUGCCGCCGAAGUCGCCUCCGCAAAGCAAGAAGCACACAAGGACAAAGAGUUUGGCCAUGCUCGGUCCGCAGAUUCCCCCGCCUCGCUUGAUCCGGCCGAGAAUACCGUCAUCCUGAAGGGGGACAGCGACGACAGCGAGCUUGAAGACUUGCGCCCGCUUGCAGAAAUUCAUGCUCAACCUCAACACCAAGACCUUGCGGAUGCCCACUGCGAUACCUUGCAGUCGCGACUCGUGACAAAUGCCCCUUCAAACGGAUACCACAGCUCUUCAAUUGACACUUUAGAUUCGUCUUCAGAGGACAUCCAAAUCGUUCGACCAUCUCCAAGAACGCCCCCUACGAAGACGGCCAAUGGUGCACGAAGGUCACGCGGGGACCUUGUAGCUUCCGAGUCUGCUCGUCGCAACGACCGCAUAUCGAAGGGACCGCGCGUGCCUCGCUCUGGGAAGGAACGUUCUUCAAGCGAGGGUGUCGUGGGGGCGCAGAAACCCAAAAUAUUUGUUAAGCUCCGUAGGAGACCCCCAGCCAUUGCACUGAAGGACAAAGCCAGGCCAAUGGACGAGAAAGCAAAGGCAGAAAUGUGCAAGCGACUUGCGAAAGCGCGAGCGAAGAAGGCAGAGCUCAAAGAAAUUGCCAGACGCGAGAAAGAAGAAAGGCUUUCAAAGAUAGCUGAGGAACGGACAGCGAUGGACAAGACAAACGCCAAAGCGAUCAAGGAUAAGAAGGCCUUUUCUGCCAAAGCGGAUACUCAGUCACGCGAAGGCGGAGCACGAGUCGUGGCUGCAGACAAGUCUGUCAUUGCGAGGAACAGCGCAGCGAAGGCGGGAACUCCAAAAACUGGAAUGCCGAACAGCAGCGCGGCAGUGACUCAGAUUGCGGCGUUGCAAGGUGUCGUUCCUUCGUUAAAAGCAGCUUCAGCGCGAGUUAAUUUCAGGCGAGAUAGCGGUGCCAUGAAUGCAGAGUUAUCUAGGAGCGAUGGGCUUGCAAUGCAGAAGACACUUGCUGGGACUCAGCGUCGUACCACUGAGGUCCAACAGAGUCGAGGCAAUAUUGUUGUGUCAGUUGCCCAAGCUGCAGUGCGAAAUCCGGAUACAAUUGACAAGCUUUCGAAGAGCAACACAAGAGCAUUACAUGGUGAUGGUGUUGCUUCUCCCAGAAGUCGUGGGAUGUACCCAAACGUGACCAACGCGCCCCCCUCAGUUCACUUCGCCGCUUCAAAUGCGACUGGAAGCCCCCGCGGAGGAGGAGAAGUACCUCCUUGCUCCCCAAAAUACCACAAGCCGCAUUCGAAGCAGGAUGGCACUGCAAUUGGAGAAAAGCAGACAUCUGCCAUCCAAAGUGAGGACACCACUGGCCGACUGACUGCGGAGCAAGGGGAUUAUCGAAUUACCAACUACCCCAGCAGACCUCGUCCAGAUAGUCCCACGCGAGACAAAAUGGCCGAAGAAGGCCCGAUGACGACGCAGUUUCGGACAGCAGAGCGUAUGGGGCGUGCACAUAACGGUGAAAUUGCUAAUGGCCUGAGACCAACGCCCGGGCGAGAGUUGCCAGAACAAUUUGCAUCCAAUCGACAACCACCAAUAGCGAUAUCUGACUUGUUCCAACAUUCGUCGAGAUCCGGCGUUUCCAGUCCAAUGAUAGUAUCUGCAAAUUGGAACGAGUCCAUGAAGCAUGAUGCCAAGAACGAGGCAUUGUUCACUCUAGCAGAAGAACAGAAGGGAGGUAUUCGUAAGCGCAAGUCUUCAGGACGAGCGCCGUCAGGUAAUUUCGAAACCAACGUCGCAAAUCGCUCUUCAAAAGGUCAACACAGAACAAACAAUGUACCUGAAAGUGAGAAGAAGAGAAUACAUCUAACGGCGAUGAUAGCCUCUGGGCGCGCAAGAGGAGCGGGUAGUUCGAUGGCCGUCGAACCUUCUACCGGCACGGGUCGCGCUAUCGAAUCUUUUGACGACUCUGCUCGCAAGGGCUCUAUCAAUCGGUUGCUCAGUAGUCCUUCCCCAAUCGAACACCCAGAUGCACGGGACCCUUCUCACGGUUCAGAGUCAUACAAUAUUGGCAGCCCGAUUCAUAUGCAAACACGUCCUGCACAGCGUAUGAAUCGGUCUCCCGCUGUGAAUGCACAAGCAGACACGGUGAUGGUGGAAAAUGGUGCCCUGCGACUAGAGCAAGGUUCAUUGCGGUCUCCAUGGGAAGAACCUGCGGAAUACGAGGGGCUGAGGGGCCCACCAAGAACGUCGGGUAUAGCUUCGUCUAAUUCGGGGAGUCAGAGUGAACACGGCUCUACAGCAGCGAGAAUGCCAACCUCAGUGCAUACCUUGCGAAAGCCCAGGAAACGAAAGACUUUGGCAUUGGCCGCUGUUGCGCCGACGGGAAGUAUGUCUAUCCCGGCUCCUGCGAGAGCGGACGAUCCACAUGACGUAGUUGGCAUGGAACAAAACUCUGCUGCGGGUGGACCGGCGUGGGGUAACGUAAGUACCGCAAGUGGAGGUUACAGGCAGCCGGGUCAUUCGCACUCCUCCCAUGAAUUCGACGUACAGGGUGGUUCGAUGAAGCCUACAUAUCUGGAACGAACCCCGGAUGUGAAUUCUCGAAGAGGCACGGAAUUCGAGCGACGGUCAGUCGGAUCGCCACCGACAGCCUUCAACCUCAAUCAGUAUUCCCGCGCCGAUCUGUAUGCAAACGAAAGAUCUCGCCAUGUAUCAUCAAAUCGAGAGGUAGGCCGGUAUCCGGCACCCGAGACGGACCUCAGCCGAGGAGGCAUGGAUGAACCUUACCAGAGCCCGAGUUUGUCUACUGGGAGAAAGGGAGGGGAGGGGAUUGCCAGGAGCGAUGCGCAAAUGACGCACAAUCAGAUAUCGCCGAUGCGACGAUUGGCCCAAAACGCUCCGAGCCAGGGAUAUCCAAGUCCUGUGUUCCCAGGCGAGUACCACACUGGACGGUUAGAUGAUGGCUCUCGGUUUGCCGACGGCAGAAGGUUGCGAAGGUCUGCGGCCCCAACGGUGCCAACAGCGACUCGGCGAUACCAGUACGAGCAAGGCCGGCAGCUUGCGAGGUUCACAUAUCCUGGCUCACCGCCCGAAGCCCAGCAACCCUAUUCAACAGCACGGCGACCAAGAACAGGCCCCAACACCGCCGAACCCGCCUUUGCGCACUCGGGCACCGACUACGGCCAAGAGAGCAAAGGCGACCCUCGCUCCUUUGGGCAACCCGCAUACCCCCCCUUUUCGCACGAAGACUCAGUCAGCAACACACACACGCUCAACCACCAUGCCAUCGCUCACGGCGGCAUGCGUCUCCAGCUAGCACCAAUAAUUCGCCCCGAAAGCCCACUGCACUCCCACACUCGCGACUUGACGUGGAGGCCGCCUGGCUUGUCCCGUUAUGGGGACACAAAGGCAGGACCGAUUGUGCAUCGUAGCGGAGAGCCACAGAGGUACCACGGUGACUACGCUCCCGAACGAGACGAACGCAGCACGCAGAUGGGGCACUAUCGGGCGAUGCAACCGCAAGUCGGAUCCGCGCCAGACGCGCAAGACGUGUACGAUCGGUCGCGCGAGUACGCUGUGGCACCGAUGCCUAGCGCGCAUGACGAACGGGCGUUUGGGCAGCCGGAGGCAGGGCAGGUAGCGUAUGGGAUGGAUGAAUACGGGCGCCGGUUUGGAUUUUCAGAUCGGGGGACAGGUGCUAUCGACGUUAGAAAUGCAGGGCUCGAGCGGGGCCAGUACGCGCGGGAGCAGGCCGCGAAGCAGUCGCAGCGAGCGCUUCCAGCACGCACCGACCCUUCCCUGAAAAAUCUGCUCGGAUAGCGACGUGGUAUGACGAAUGCCGGCCCCUUUAGAGCCUCUGUAGAGGGAAAGACACUGAGAUUUGUAAAACUACCAGCGAUGGAUAUCUUUUCCGAA